AUGCACGCUGCCAACCAGGCGUGUAGCUCUGGAGUUGGUGGUCUUCGAGUUCGGAAUAGGGGGCUCGAAACCCUUCCUGAAGAACAGGGUUGGUUUGGGGACAAGUCUGUCAUCGAAGCAGAGUUUGUUGAUGACCAGUUUCGUAAGCAGUUUCGCUAUCGGCCCCGCUGGGCCGAGCCGGAGGUCUCACCACUGGAGCUGGUCUUGAACUGCAGCUUGUCGGGCACUUGGUCGCCUUCCAACUUCGAAUGUCAACCGCUGUGGCUGGCAGCUCGUCCGCAGCGGUGGGGCUGGGUUGCUCGGAGCAGUCGGGAGAUCUCGGAGGUGUCCGCCGAUUGGGCCCACCGCUGGGCGACCUUCCACACGGGCGACGGCGACGGGACUCGGGUCUUUCUGCGUGUGAGUGCGGAGGUCGAGAAGCGAAAGGUCAAGGAGAUGGAAGCAUUUCUACUGGAGUGGAAUGCUUCAGUGGAAGCCUUAGAGGCCCUGCCCUAUUGGUCCCACUCUUCCCUCUACCUCGUCACCACCCGGCUCCGCGGUGACGCUCCCGCCGCGCCCGGUGCCUCGUCCUGCGCGCCGCUUCUGCGGCUCAGCUGGACGAGCGCUGAGCUGCUGAGCGAGGAGGUGCAGCGCUUGCCCUUCGCGGAGCUGCCGGGGCCGCUGCAAGUGCUGGCCACGCCCUGGAACCAGGUGAUCAUGUUGGUCCCUGGGAUGCCAGGACAAGGUGCGGCCGGGCCACCCUGCAACGACACCGAGGCCAACAGCAGUGAGAUUUUGGAGCUACCAGCCAUGUAUUUCUGGAAUGGCAUGCGCUUUGAGGAGUCUCAACGCUUGGAGCAUGGAGCCACACUCCUUGAAGUCUUCGUUUGGCGGGAGCAGGUCAUGGUGCUGGCCGUUGGAGGCGACGUCUCCUCACUCUACGCCAUGAACCGGACGCAGUCGGAGCUCUGGACCGCCCAGCCGAUCCGAAGCAUCACGGUGACCUUCGCCUGGGCGAUUUCAGAGCAAUUCCUGGUGACAACGCCUUUUAGCUUGGAAGAGGACGCUUUAAUCUUCACCUGGCGUCCAGUUCUUCGACAGCUCACAUAUGUUCAAACGCUUCGGCCCGCACGCACCGGUGCCUGGGCAGUCUCCAGCAGCAACGUGAGCCUUCUGUUGAGUGCUGGCAGAGACUCAGGAGUGGCCGACUCACGGCUUUAUGCGGUCGAUGCGACCUUCGACUGGUACGCUGGACCCUGGGGCGAAUGCAAUGGCACCUGCCGCGGCAAAGACUUCGUCUUCCGCCAUCGGGAGGUGGCUUGCCGCAGCAUGCCCAGCGGGUUGUGGCAUCGUGGUGCGGGCUGCCUGGGCACAGCACCGAUGACGGAAGAGAGAUGCCAAAACUUGGAGCCUUGCCCCAAGGACUCCUUCACUUGGAGCGUAGGGCCUUGGAGCGCUUGCGAAGGCCUCUGUGGAAAAGGCUUGCGCCGUCGAAGCCUCAGCUGCCUACGACAGUUGGUGGCCGCCAACGGUUCAGCUCUAGGAGACCCGCGCGAGGCGCUGGAGUCCGAGUGUCCGACACCUCCGAGUGCUCAGCUGGAAUGCCCCCUGAAGGCCUGUGGCAGCUUCCGUCUUCGAAACCGAGUGGCCCUGCAGAGCGCUUGGCACGUCGUGGAAGUGGCCUUCUUCGUGGACAUUGCAUGCAAGCAGCAGGUGCACGGCUGGGCGGUGGCGUCGGGGCGCUGUGCUGGCUGCGCGUGUCAGAACGCCACGCAGCAUGUGGUCCCCUGUGGGCCGGAGCUGGCCAUCGAUGGCUACUGGGACCCCACACGGCUGCAAGCCUCGCAGUGGAUCUCACAAUGCGUCUCUGGCACUCCCGCAUGUGCUCCCGGCAAAGCGUGGAUCGGCCUGCAGGUCCAGGCCACCAGCGAGGUGCGCUGCGUCCACCUGCUGCAGUCCGCCGAUCCGGCCUACAUGGCCCGCGAGGCGCGCGCGUGCGUGAACGCGGGCGGUGUGCAGCGGGGCGGCCGAAGCGAAAGCCGUGGAAGCACCGUCGCCUUGGAGGUCAUCGAUGAGGAGCGAGGAGUCUGGGAAGUCCUGGCGGAGCAUCUUCGCAGAAGAGCGAGGUAUGCCAACUUGCAGGGAGCUGUGAUCCUCAAUGAUGGCAACUACUCCUGGGACGUGCUGUCCGUGCCACAGGUACCCCGACUGUGGGCGGAUGCCAUCAAGCAGGAUCUGGAGGUGAGUCUCUUUCAAGAUCUCCAAUGCCAAAGCGAAGUGCCCCUGAGAUCGGCUUCUCAGUACCUCUCCAUGGACGGUUCGACCUCCCAACGGGCCUUCGAUGGUCAGCUGGACAGCACUUGGAUCGGCAACGCGGCGUUGGACGAAGGGACGGGGCCAUGGCUGGGCGUCGUGUUGCAGCACCCGGUGGAUGUGGCCUGUGUGAAGGUGCUGCAGGGCGACGGGCGUUUUGGGGCUGAGGAGAUCGCGUUGGAGCUGUGGGUGGGUAAUUGGAGCUAUGAAUUGGACUGGAAGGAUGACAAUGCGAGCAAUGAGAGCAAUAAGAGCAAUGAGACUGGUAUCGAUGAGGCUACUCUUCCGCAUGAGAACAGCAGUGAGAACAGAAGUGAGGGCCAAUGGUGGCGUGUUCGCACAUGGCCCGACCUUAGCAAGCGGAGCAGACCAGCACUCUUGCAGCUCACUUGUGAUGUGGGUCUACCAGCUGCCAUUCAUGUACUGCAUGAUUGUGGCAACAACAAACAGCCCUGGCAACAGUGCAUGGCCUGGUGUGAACCAGGAUUUUCAGGACCUGAAACCUCCUUCCUUUGCCUUGAAGACUACAGCUUUCGCGGGAUUACGCCGGCCUGCGUCCCGAACGAGUGCCGCUUGGGCAUUCCGACAAAGGUGGGCUUGAUCAUCGCCGAUGGCUGUGCUCAGCUCCGCACGGGCGAGACCUGCACCGCCUUCUGCGGCCAAGGGUUGAGUGGCGAACCCUUGGAAUACGAGUGCAGUGCGGAUGGAUAUCUCAGGGAGUCCAAAUCUGGCCAGGCCGGGCCGCACCUGAUGGAACGAGGCUACGGACCUUGGGUGGCACCGGCACCCUCGCGUCAACGCCGAGUCCCUUUUUGCGGAAGGGGUCUCCCCGAAUUCAGCGGUCUCCACACGAAUUCACCGUUCUGCCGAAGUGGGUGGUGA